UCCCAGGCAGGGACCUCUGAGCACAACUAGACCCACCCAGGUAUUUUGCCCACUGGCCUGGGUGUUAUUAUCAGGGUGAAAUUAUCUCCAGAAAGGGGAGUGGAGAAGCAGACACGUCACCAGAAGACAAUCUGUGUGUGUGAGUGGAGUGUGUCUGCCUCCUGCCUGCUGGGACCUCUCUCUCCUGUGUGAGGAGUACAACGAUCAGUCCCUGGGAGGGAGGGAGGCAGCUCAGUGCUGGGACCUCUCCUGGAGGAGAUCGGCAAGAAUGACUGCUCUGUCCUGCCUGCUGACACCAACUCUGCCUGCAAGGAUUGUCAGCAAGGUGUCCUGAGAGAGAGAGAGGUGACCCUACCGGCCCUGAUCUGUCCCAUCUCAUCCCUGGAUUACCACCAACAAAAGUCCCUGAGAUCUCUUCUCCGAUCACAUGUGUGCUGGAGGAGCCGACUGCCUACUCUCUGCUGGAGCAAGUUGUUUGAGGUGGAUUAAGUAAUGCUCCUCCGCCUUUAUGUCAUGGUGAUCUCAUACCUUUGUGCCAUCAACGCUGCCCCUUUCCAAAACCAGAACACUGAUCGGGAUUAUGGCCCCAACAAUUCCUCCUUCACGUCAGACCAAUUGCAGGAAACCUAUAACUUCACUGACGGACUCCAUGAAGGGAUCUUCCCAGACUUGGCAACUACAUAUCCUGAAAUGACGGGUAAAGAAUGGAACCUGUAUUCCUCAAGAGUGGCUCUGUCCAAUCAGGAGCCCUCUGGACCUCCCCUUUUGUUCUUGGCAGAAGAGAACAUUGCACAGUCAGAGCCAGCAAAUAGGACUUCACGGGUGAAACGGGCACAGGGGUCCGAUUCCAUUAGCCUUUCGAGAAGGGGAGAACAGUCAGUGUGUGAUAGCAUAAACAUCUGGGUAACUGAUAAACGACAGGCAAUAGAUAUUCGGGGGAAGACUGUUUCUGUCUUGUCUGAAAUUCAGACACUCACAGGACCCUUAAAGCAAUACUUUUUUGAGACCAAAUGCAACCCUCAAGGUAGCACAACCAAUGGUUGCCGAGGGGUGGACAAAAGACAAUGGAUAUCAGAGUGUAAACCAAAACAGUCGUAUGUACGGGCACUAACUAUGUUGGACAAGAUGGUGGGCUGGCGCUGGAUUCGGAUUGAUACAGCUUGUGUCUGCACCCUGUUGAGCAGGAGUGGAAGGACGUAGAAUUAGGGAGGGCAGAGGAUAUUCCGCCCCUUGGUUUACUGUGGUAAGGAGAAGCUGAUGGAGUUAAUGUUGUUUUUCUUUAAGCUGUUUACAGUAGGGCCUUACAGCCUGCAUCACACAUUCCUGGAGUCAUGCCACAAACCCAAAGCCUUAGAGGAUGGAAAAGUCACCAACAGCUGCCAUCAGGAGUCAUUUAACUUUACCAUGUUGGGAAGGAGCACAAAACCGGAGACAGGCAGACUGCAUUACCCGGACCGUGCAGGACAAAAGUGUCACCUCUCAGUGCCGUCUAAAUUUAGUGCCUUUUCAUUUUGAAUUUGCACAGUAGACUGUUAGUAUGAAUUUCAUGGCAAGUUCCAGAGGCCGGGCAGGCUUAGCAUCUGUCUAACCAACAGCCUGUGUGUUCCUUUUUACCUAUUCAAUCUCAGCAUCCGAUUUACUUGUCUGCGAAGGACAAUACGUCACUAGGUAUUGACGCUUGAAAUAAAAGACUUGUUUGCCUUUGGUUAUUAAAUGUGCAGAGUGGAGCUGCUAGAAAAUGUGUUUAUUUUUCCUGCCGCCCAAGCAGUCCACGUUGUAAGCUAUUAUAAAAUGGUUAUUCUAUUUGUAAAUUUUUAUAUAUCUAUAAAUAUAUAAAUAUAUGUGUAUAUAUAUUGAGAAAUAUAACUUAUUGUCAUUUUGUU